GCAUCAUCACUCAACUCAACACCACCAAGAGAUAUAAAGAUAAACAGAUUUAUUGUUUUUUAAAAAUCAGAGAAAGAGAGGGCGAAAGACAAACCUCUCUAGCCCUAGAAUUUUGCAUUCCGAUAAGGACUUUUCUGUAAAGCCAGCCAUUUUUGUAGUAAGUAAUAAUAAUACUUGCCCUCUUCACUCAAAUCAAAUGACCUCUCUUCUCUCUACAGACUUUGCUCUCCUUUAGUAUCCCAUUAAUACUCUUUUACCUUUAACUCUCUUCUUCUUCUUCCACAGCAUAACUUUUCUACCUGUAACACAUUUCACUAAUGGUUUUGGGGUUUUGCCCAAGAAGAUGCUUGGUGCUUAAGGGUUUAUCAUGGGUUGGUGAGAGUGUGGACCUGUUUCAGUCUUUUCUGGUCUGGUCUUGAUCUUCAAUAUGAAGCCUUUUUCUUUGUUUCUUCUGGUUUGGUUUGUCAAAGUAAAUGCAUGGAUCGAAGGGAUGCUAUGGCUUUAUCUGGGUCAGCCUCUUACUAUAUGCAACAAAGAGGAAUGACUAGUUCUGGGAUGGGAACACCACAUAAUCUGCAUGGAUCAACCGGCAUUCAUACAUUAUCUAAUCCAAAUGUACAGUUUCAAUCAAAUAUUGGAGGCACUACUCUUGGAUCAACAUUACCUGUAGAGCCUUCAUCAGCAAUUUCAUCUCAUGGUGUCAAUGUUGGUGCUCCUUCUGGCUUGCCACAAAGCGAGCCUGCUAAGAGGAAGAGGGGAAGGCCCCGGAAAUACGGGCCCGAUGGAACCGUGUCAUUGGCAUUAUCUCCUGCUGUGUCUACUCAUCCUGGUACCUUAAGACCAACCCAAAAGCGGGGCAGAGGGCGACCUCCCGGAACUGGAAGAAAACAACAAUUAGCUUCACUUGGUGAAUGGCUGUCUGGCUCAGCUGGGAUGGGCUUCACUCCACAUAUCAUCACUGUUGCAAUAGGAGAAGACAUUGCGACAAAAAUAAUGUCCUUUUCACAACAAGGGCCCAGAGCAGUAUGUGUCUUAUCAGCUAAUGGUGCUGUCUCUACUGCAACUCUCCGUCAGCCAUCUACUUCUGGUGGCACUGUAACAUAUGAGGGGCGUUUUGAGAUAUUGUGUCUGUCAGGCUCCUACUUGCUCACUAGUAGUGGUGGCCCCCGCAACCGAAGUGGUGGUCUGAGUGUCUCCCUUGCUAGUCCUGAUGGUCGUGUCAUUGGUGGAGGAGUUGGGGGAAUGCUUAUUGCAGCAAGCACUGUUCAGGUAAUAGUGGGGAGUUUCUUGUGGGGAGGUUCAAAGACAAAGAAUAAGAAAGGGGAAAAUCCAGAAGGUGUGAGAGACUUAGAACAUCAGACAAUUGACAAUCCAGUGACUCCAACUAGUGUUCCAUCAAGUCAUAAUCUCACUCCAACUUCUUCAGUGGGUGUAUGGCCUGGUUCAAGGCCAAUGGAUAUGCACAAUCCCCAUGUUGACAUCGAUUUAAUGCGUGGGUGACAAUUCCUCUGUUAAUUUUACAAGCCGUGUAUAUAUUCUGUUGUUUGAACGCCACUUAAAUCUGAUUUAUGACUGUAGAAUCCAGUUGAUUUUGAACCAUGACAAUUC